CUUCCGCGCAGGUUCCUCCUUCCGCCCAUCUGCCUUUUCCCGCCGAGCCAUUUCCAUCCCAAUCAAACGCAAUAUGAGUGCCGCUUCAGAGUUCCCUGCUGCAAACAACGUCUAUGUCGAAAACUUCGGCGAUAAGGGCUCGCUCCCACUUCCCCCUGGCAAGAAAUUGAUAGUUGUGACUUGCAUGGAUUCUCGUAUUGACGUUAUGUCCCACCUUGGUCUGAAGGAGGGGGACGCCCAUAUCAUUCGUAAUGCAGGAGGUGUGGCUAUCGACGCCAUUCGCAGUAUCAUCAUCUCACAGCGCCUACUUGGAACCCGCGAAAUCGCCAUCUUCCACCAUACGGGAUGUGGCAUGGUCACGUUCAAGACCCCGCAGCUCCGCGAGAUCGUGGCGUCAUCGGCUCCUGAGGACAAGGAAGUAGCGAAGCGCCUCGAGAACAUAGACUUCCAUGAGUUUGACGAUGUUGAAGAGUCUACGAAGGAUGAUGUUAAGUUCUUGAAAGCGCAUCCGUUGUUGUUGAAGGAGACUACCGUCACCGGGUGGGUAUAUGAAGUCGAGACGGGAAAGAUCAGGCAGGUUGCCUAGGCCUACUUCAACAAGAACCACACGCGUCCCUUGUACGAAUAUGUCGGUAUAUUGAGAAAUGAAUCUUGUUGUGUUAUGGUAGAUGUCAACCGCGUCGGAAUGCCUUGCUAUUCUGACGGGAAUGUCGCCUUUGGUAUAAGUGUUAGCGUAACACAAGUGUCA